AUUGGAGAGUCAGUCUGAGGGACCGGCGGCAAAGGGAACGGAGCUUUCUUGUGUGGACACCCAGCUGUGAAGCACCUGCGAGGACUGCCUUUGAGUCCGUGUUAGCCAUCCUCCCGGGAGAGUCUUUUAACUUGUCCUGUUAGUAAACGAGCUCAGACGCGGGACUCCGCUAACUUCUCCCGACUCCAAGUUUGUGUACCGGGGAUAAGGCUUCCACCCCCACAUUACCAUCGGAUCCCCCGGACUUGUUUCUGUCCUUGUGGCUCUGGUUUUUAAUCACGUACCUCUGUGAGGUUUUUUUUAAACGCGUACAGCCCGGGAAAAGGGCGCCUGGUGGGUACAUCGUGUCUGAGGCGAUACCACGGGGCACGGAGCCAGGUGAUACGCGGGCGGGAGCCGCUGGUGCCCUCCACUGUCCUUUCCUCCUAUUGUAAUCCCCGGCGGGACCGGGCAUCUCUCCUCUCGGCUGGAAUAAGAAGAAGCUGGGUCAUGGCAGCAAGUGCAGGGAGCCUCCUGAGCGUGUGUGUGCUGUGUGCGGCCAUCCUGAGGACAGGUUUUGGCUUGCAUACGGCAAGUGCGGUUUAUGGAGAAACUAUUGCUAUACCUUGCGGACAAGACAUAGUUGAAGGUCUUCUGUUUGGAAAAUGGAAAUACGAAAAAAACGAUGGAACAGCUGUAUUUGUAGCUUCUCGGUCUGCUGUAAAAAACAAGUUUAGUUUUGAUGAUGUUCCAGAGUACAACGGACGUCUAAACUUGUCUGAGAACUAUACCUUGUUCAUCUCUGGUGCCAGAAUCAGUGACGAAAAGAGAUUUGUAUGCAUGCUUAUAACAGCCGACAAUGUUUUUGAAGAGCCAACAGUAGUCAAAGUAUUCAAACCUUCUUCCAAACCUGAAAUUCUAAACCAACCAAUAUUUUUGGAAACAGGAAAACUGAACAAGGUUGGAGAAUGUGUUUCAAAAGAUAGCUAUCCAGAUGGCAAUAUUACGUGGUACAGAAAUGGCAAAGUCCUUGAACCACGGGAUGGAGUUGUGGUUAUACAGUCAACAAAAGAGAGAAAUGCAACAAGUGGACUUCAUAGUGUGCAGUCAUCACUCCAGUACAUGGCAACAAAGGACGACAUUGAUGCAGAGUUUACCUGUGCAGUCACCUAUCACAUGCCAAACGGACAAAUAUCUACUGAAUCUGACUUGGCAAUUUUCGAUAUCUAUUACCCUACAGAGAAGGUGACAAUUCAAGUACAUUCGCCAAGAAACACAGUAAAGGAAGGUGAUAACAUCACUCUGAAAUGUAUAGGAAAUGGCAAUCCUCCUCCGCAAGAGUUUUUGUUUUACCCUCCUGGCCAUGAUGAAGGAAUAAUUGGUUCAAGUGCGUACCCUAUAAUAGACAUAAGAAGAAAUGCAUCAGGGGAUUAUAAAUGUUCCUUGUUAAAUAAAAAUAUGAUUGCAUCAACAACAGUAACUGUGCACUAUCUAGAUUUGUCUUUGACACCCAGUGGUGAGGUCACCAAAAAGGUUGGAGAGGCACUUUCUGUAUCGUGUAUCCCAUCUGCUAGCAAAAAUGUUUCUGUCACCUGGUUGAAGAAUCACAAAAUCCUCCCUCAGCCGUCAUUUAAAAACUUGCAGUAUCAAGAUUCUGGGUUGUAUGAAUGUGAAACGUACCUUUUGGAAGUUGAUGGUCUUAGGAAAAAAGAGACCCUCAGACUUACUGUUGAAGGAAAUCCACGUCUUAAAUUGUCAAAGAAAGCCAACUCUGAUGGGAAGACUAAAACUAUCACAUACGAGGUAGAAGGCUUUCCAAAACCAGAAGUGCAGUGUACCAGUAAUGGCAACGGAGGCUUCUUAAACAAAACAGAAGAAACAACUUUGAGUAACGGGAAGUAUUCGGCCAAAAUUAUCAUCUCACCAGAGGAGAAUGUAACUGUAGUUUGCAGUGCAGAAAACAAGCUUGGAAAAGAAGUCCGCUUUUUGAAUGUCUCAGCUAUCAACAUCGUAGAUCGAGAUGAGCCUAAUGGUAGAAGUGAAGACAAUAACGACCAUGCAAAACUCAUUGUGGGAAUUGUCGUUGGCCUGCUGCUGGCUGCACUUGUGGCUGGAUUAGCUUAUUGGCUUUACAUGAAGAGAUCAAGCUCGGCUUCAAAACAUGUAGGAAAAGAACUUGGUAACACUGAAGAAAACAAAAAGCUGGAAGAAAACAAUCACAAAUCGGAAGCCUAAGAUAUAGCGUCAGUUGUGAAGUACCGAAGGGAACCAUAAUGACCAGUUUGAAGCAUGAAUGUGGAUUGUAAUUAUGGAUUAUAGGAAGAAGCUGGGACUAUCCAUGGUUCGAGUAAUAUAUAUAUUUGUACCAAGUCAUCACAGGAUUACAAGGAAAAAUAUCUCCGUAAUGGAUCAACAAAAACUGUUCCAACAGCCAUGAUAGCUUACCAUGUUGUGUUCUGUUAUUUUUUAUGUAAAUGUCUGCACUGAGGAUUUGUUUUGUUUGCCUUUUAUGUAUUUUUUUUUUUUUACGUAGCUAUUUUUAUACACUGUAAGGCUUUGUUCUGAGAGAUGCUGUUACUCUAAUGUAUAGCAUAAUGUUAUUAUUUUUUAUGAUGCUGUUCAAUAUGCAGAUACAUUUCUAAUUCUGUUUGCUACCAGUAAAACUUUGCAAAGGGAAUGAGUUGCAAUGUAUAAAAAAAAUGUUGUUUUGUGAUCAUUGAAGGGACGCUUUUAAUUGCAUUUACUAAAAUCUAAGCUUCAGUUAAUCAAGUUAAUUAGAAGUGGGUUCCUAGAACCAGAUGAAACCAUUAGGUUUUUGCCUUUUGGGUUUUUUCCUACUGCCUUACAGAGACAUUGUUUGGCAGAUAUCAAUUGCAAAAAUAUACACAUAACUACAAAAGUAACAUUUUGUCCUAUAGCCUUUGCAGCUUUUCCCGUCUAAUUUAUUACCCUCAUUAUUUCCUUGUCAUCAGUAAAUGGUACAUUGAAAGUUAUUUACAUAAAAUUAUAUUUUAAGGGUAAAUUAAGUGAAUGUCAUUUUCCAUUCUUUAUCUUUAAUUGUUUUGUCUUUGUAUUUCAUAUUUUCUAAAAAUAUGGCAAAAUCACUAAUUGAAAGUCUCCAUGACAAUCUACAACAGUAAUUGGCCAAAUCACAAAUAAGUAUUUGUGUAAAAAAAAAAAAAAAAAAAGGCAGUAGUAAAGUUGUUUUGUAGCUGAACGCUUAUGCUAUAAAUGAUUUGUAAUAGUCUGCAAGUUACGUUGCUGCUAUAAAGACCUGUGUUGCCCAUAUGUUUACCUAUAAAUUAAAACUAAGUGGUGCAUCUAGAAAUCCAUGGGCAGCAACAUGUUUAUCUGGGCACCACAUUCCUUCAUAUUCAGGAAUUUAGUAGGAAGCAUUGGGUCAUUAAAUAUGAAUAUUUCAGCACCCCUAGAAAGUAUAUCUAGUUUUAUCUACAUCCCCUUAUUGGAGGCAAUAGAAUGCAUUCUGACUCCCUAGAGAAGACUGUUGGGCUGUUUUUCAGCUGCUUCCAUAAGCCCAUGUAAAUAAAUACAUGUUAACAACUGGCAGCACAAAACAGUUAAACACUCUGACCUUAACCACUUUCAUUAUUGUGGCAUCUGCUUCGCAGUGCGUAGCAAGAAUGAAGUUUUAUUUUAUUUAAUUUUUUGUAUUAACCACUACAGAUAAUGUAUGCACCUUCACAACAUUUUGUGUUAAUUGGUACAUAAUUUAUCGACCAUGAAACAAACAAUAAAAUACCGAAGUAUUUUUUGUUAUAUUUGAAAUUUGUAACUUUAUAAAAUAUAGAUUCCAUAUGCCUAAACUUGGUAUUACAAGUGCUUGGCAACAGCAUCAUGAGUAAAUACAGUAUUGUGAGGUUUAUUAGUUCUUGCAAAUCCACUUUGUUUUCAAAGAAUGUAAAAUAUGUAUUUACUGCAAAAAAAAAAAAGUCAAUGUGUGCGCGUGUGUGGUGGUCUCAGGAAAUGCAAAGCAGAAAUGUUGAACGAUUGUCACAGAUUACUUUUUGGAUUUAAAAACAAACAAAAAAAAAGAA